AUGGCUCCAACGGAUGGUGAAUGGACACCGCAAUUCGUCUCUCCUCCUGUAAGAAAUCCUGAAGGUCGAACUUACUUUGACUGGAAGGAUAAAGAACUGCAAAAGUGGGAAGAAGAUGCCAUCAGAAUGCAAGAGGGACAUGUGCAAGAUAAUAAUCGUACAGAAUGGUUCACUUACAAAUCUGAAGAUCGAGAUGCUUUGGAAUUACGUAUACUAGUGACAAUAUACGGUAUUAGAACUCCGCAGGAUGGUAACAAAGCAGCUCCUUCAUGUCCUUUAAGAACAUAUAAUCGUAACGAACGACUUCACGCUCGACAACUAAAGAAAGUGAUUAUCAAGCAUUCUGACAUCCCUGAAAAUAUUCGUUUAAAUGUCAUUUAUACAUCAAUGGCAACCAAAGCAGAGGAUGAUAAAAAGUUCUAUCUCAGUCAAGAACCAGUUUUUGUAAUAAACGACCGUCGACAAUUCAUCGAUAAAGAUGGUAGAGUUUAUGCUAAUUUUCAAGAUUAUAAAGAAAACAACAAAUUACCAAAAGCUGCUAUAUUAGCUCCGAAAAAUGGAACUUAUACGCCUGCAAACACAAGUGAUGGACGAGUACCAUUAGAAUUAGAUGAAACACCUUCUACAGGCUUACUCAAACGUAUCAAAGAUGUGACUGACACAGUUGUGAUGGUUGGUGGAAUCGUACUCUCUGUGACAGGUGUUGUCACUUUUCUUUCUCCAGCUCUAUUUUCUGCAAGAGCUAUGAGCGUAAUCCAAACAGGUUCUUUUAUUCUUUCCGGAUACAGUCUAUACGGAGCUGCUACUGGUAUCUACGACAAGACAUUACAUGAUGAAAGCAUUCUGCUUAUUCUGAUUUCUGCAGGAUUAUCUAGUUAUACUGAUUAUCUUAGAACACAGGCCAUUAAAUAUGCAAGACAAGGAAAAACAUAUGCAGAAGUGAUGGAAAAAAUUAGUAAAGCUCAUAGAACUAUGUUUGCUGUGACGAAUGUUUUCACUAUUUUAUCGAGUUCGUCUGCACUCAUCUCAUCUAUUUUUGAUCUGAUGGCCAAGAGAGAACGUACAUGGUAUGAUUAUUAUCAGCUAUCAAUGGGUCUAUUUAUGUUGGUCAAUGUUUGUACAAAACCAAAAACUAUCAAAGGAGUUUUCGAAUCAGAACAAAUGCAAUACUUGAGUCAAAUGAAAAAAAGUCUUGAAUCCGACGAGGCGAAAGAAGAAAUGUCAAAAAUGUUAAGAGAACAUUCAACAUCGGAUAAAAAAGCCUACAUGAUUCGAAACUUAAACAAAAUUGAAAAUCGUACGGAAUUCUUCGAAUUGAUUGGUAAAACUAUAAGCUCAGUUACUUGUACUGCUGAUGGACUAGCAAUCAACGACAAGAUCGAUAUUGCUCCAGAAGCGUAUAAUGAUAUUGGUAAAGCAGUGUUUACAGAGAAGCUCAAUCAAAUUGGGAAAGCUCGAGAUGGUUUUCUGCAUGACAAAGUGAUGAAAGAGUUCGACAAAUAUAUAUCACGUGACACGAGGGAAGAAUUUGAAGCUGAAUUGAAGAAAAUUGAGAAUUUGCCUAGAGAAAAGCAAGAAGAAGCAGUAAAAAAGUUGGUCAGUCGCUUUGGAACUGCAGGUGGUCCAACGCAAGAACAAUUUAAUGAUUCAUGGAAAACAGUUAAAACAGCAUGUGAAGAGAAGUUCAACGAGAACGUCAAAAAUAUGAUUGGAAAUCUUAAAAAAGGAAGCACUGGAGAUGCAGCACGAGAUACAAUAAAAGAGGAUGAUUUUAAAGAGCUGGAAGAAUUAGCGAAAAAACAACUCCAUGGUACAAUUACGCCAGAAGAGCAAGAAAAAUUGCAAAAGCAAUUAGAGAGAUGUUCAAGUCAUCGAAAAGAAUAUUUUUUCAAAUCAUCAGCUGAUUAUCGUAAUGAUGCCAAUAAUGAAGCCUUCAAAAGGGAUAUAAACACUUUUACGAAUGCGCAAAACGAACGUCUAUGUUAUCGUAUCAAUAUUGAAGAUGUGAAACUAAAAUUACGAGACAUUUACGGAGUACCGAAUCAUGAGGAUAUCACUGUCAAUGAUCAAAAGCCAUUCACCAAUAUGAAGAUUGGUGACUAUGACCGAUUGAGUCGUGUUCUAAAAGACUAUGGUGAACGUGGAACACUAUUAUUCACUGCUGCCGAAAAAAUUGGUAAUGAUCCUAACUUUAUUGGGAAAGUAAAAACACCUUAUGACAUGACUUCAGUCACGAAACGCAAACAGUAA